UUGUGUUUUAUUCUUAAUUCAUUUCCUAGGAUAAUACUUCUGAGAUUCGUUUGUCGAUAUAAUUACAAGACUCUUUGGACGAGAUGAGGUGGGUUAUCUUUUUGCAAUUCCUAUUUCUAGUGGUUAAUUCCUGUCAAGAGUUUUGGCAACAUUGGGGAAAUGUUUCUUGCCUGUCAUCAUCGGCAGACAGCUGCUACGAAUCAAAAAACUUUUCCUUCGUUGAAAUAUUAAAUCAAUCCUUAUCCAUCAAGUGCGGCGAGGAAACGAUUGACUCUCGUUUGAUGCGAUGUUUGGACGUUAGAAAUGUACAAGAGAUAACAUUUACUAAUUGUUAUAUGUCGGGGAUUGACUUUGGAAUAUUCACUUUCGGAUAUGAAAUCGGACACGUCAAGGUAUUGAACCCAUCCUCGUAUAAAAGAAACUUCGAGAGCGCCUCGUUUAGUAACAUGUCUUUUCUGCGAUCUGUCGAAAUACGAGGCGUGAAUACGUCGAAACUGUUAAAUUUAACAUUUCACAAUGUUCCAUCGCUUACUUCAUUGAGAAUUAUACAAUAUAACUUCACUUUAUUUCCAAACAAACCUUUUCGAGAGUUAAUUAAUCUUUCCGAAUUAGUCAUCAAGUUUGGUAGGUUAAUUGUUUUACCCGAAGAUCUAUUUUAUAAUCUUUGCAAUUUGAAAAAACUACACUUAAGUUUAAAUAUCAUUGAAUCCAUUUCUCCACUUGUCUUUAGAAAUCUCACCCGAUUGGAAUAUUUGGAUUUAGAAUGGAAUCAGAUAAAGGCUUUACCCAGUGACAUGUUAAAAGGUCUUUCUACCUUAAAGAUAUUUUCUGUUAGUGGGAACCACGAAUUAUCAGAAAUUCCGUCCGGAUUCUUUAAGAAAAUGCACAACUUGACACAUUUUUCUGCAUGGAGUUGUUCUAUUUCUUCACUCGAAGAAGAUGUAUUUUCUGACUUAUUUAACUUGAAAAUCGUCUAUUUAAACUUCAACAAAAUUCAACACCUCUCUCCAAAUCUUUUGAGAAAUAACAAAUUGCUAACACAAUUUUCCUGUUCGUAUAAUAAAAUAUCGACACUUCCAACAGGAAUUUUUAAUGGACUUUCUGAACUGCGAGAGUUAGACUUGCGGGGAAAUCAGUUAGAAAAUCUUCCCGAAGACGUUUUUCAGAAUUUGUCGUCAUUGCAAAGCCUCGAUUUAUCAAAAAAUCUCCUAACGUUUUUACACGAAAACAUCUUCUUCUCAUUGAGUAAUUUAACGAUUCUCGAUCUAUCUUACAACAAUUUAACUGAAAUUACUGGUAAAAUUCUUUUUGGCAGCAGCAAGCAUCUGCGUACUCUCCGUCUAAAGAAUGCGGGUUUGACACGAUGGCCGGUGAUAAAUUGGACAGAAUACAACUUAACUGAAGUCGAUUUCUCAAAUAAUCAUUUUGAAAUCGUCAAGUUGUCAAUUUACACUCCAAAUCGCAUGCAAAUUGAUCUGUCUAAUUGUAAAAUCAGAACAAUUUACAUGGAUGAGUGGAAAUAUGGAUAUCAAAUGACGACUUAUGAUUUAAGGAGUAAUGAAAUUACUUGUAACUUCGAACUGCAGCAGUUUGUUUCUGCGAUUAAAUCAAAUAGAGAAGUAGCAAGUAAAAUGUUUCCAAAUAUAGAAAAGACGAAAUGUUACGGAGAAGAAAGAAACUUGCUUGAUAAUACAUCGUUCGUAGUCAUAGAAAAUUAUUGUCCGAUGAAUUGUGAAUGUUUCGACGAAAAUAAUUACGUGGUAGUGAAUUGUUCCGGAAAGGGAAUCGAGAGAAUUCCCGAAGUUCUUGUCCCGAAUGCGACGAUUGUCGAUUUGAGUAAUAAUUACAUAAAUUAUUUGUCAAAUGUCGAUUGUGUGACGUGGAAGAACGUCACUCAUUUACGUUUGAGUAAUAAUUCAAUAAGUAAUAUUUCUGAUUAUGUUUUUUUGCCAAACCUGAAAUGGCUGUGGUUGGACGGAAACCGGUUAACCCAAUUACCUUCCGUUUUAAUGAACCUGAUCGACGUUUCUCCGGAAUUUAACAUUUACUUAUCACGAAACAAUUUUAAUUGCGAUUGUAAUUCGCAAUUUAAUCGAGACUGGUUGCUUCGAAACAAACAGAAGAUUGCGGAUUUCUUUAAUAUUAACUGCAGAAGAAAUUCGUCUUUUCUGUCUUUCAUCGAUAUUGUUUCUAAUGACGGAUGCACAGAAAUUUCAGAAAUAAAUUUGGCAUUUUCAGUAAGUGAUUCUUCUUCGAACGAAUCAAGAAUUUUUCACGGACUUUCUGAACUGCGAGAGUUAAACUUGCGGGGAAAUCGGUUAGAAAAUCUUCCCGAAGACGUUUUUCAGAAUUUGUCGUCAUUGCAAAGCCUCGAUUUAUCAAAAAAUCUCCUAACGUUUUUACACGAAAACAUCUUCCUCCCAUUGAUUAAUUUAACGCUUCUCGAUCUAUCUAACAACAAUUUAACUAAACUUACUGGUGAGCAUCCUUUUGGCAGCAGCAAGCACCUGCGUACUCUCCGUUUAAACAAUGCGGGUUUGACACAAUGGCCGGUGUUAGAUUGGACAGAAUACUACUUGACUGCAGUCGAUUUCUCAAAUAAUCGUUUUGAAACCGCCAAAAUGCUAAUUUACACACCAAAUCGUCUAAAAAUUCAAAUGACUAGCUUUAAGAUCAAAACAAUUUACAUUGAUGAGUGGAAAUAUGAAUUUCAAAUGCCGACUUAUGAUUUAAGUAAUAAUGAAAUUACUUGUGAUCACAAACUGCAGCAAUUCGUUUCUGCUUUUAAGUCAAAUAGAGAAGUAGCAAAUACAAUGUUUCCGAGUAUAGAGAACACAAAAUGUUACGGAGAAGAAAGAAACUUGCUUGAUUAUACAGCUUUCGUAGUCAUAGGAAAUUAUUGUCCGAUGAAUUGUGAAUGUUUCGACGAAGACAAUCACGUGUUGGUGAAUUGUUCCGGAAAAAGAAUCGUCAGAAUUCCCGAAGUUCUCGUUCCGAAUGCGACGAUUGUCAAUUUGAGUAAUAAUUACAUAAAAGAUUUGUCAAAUAUCGAUUUUUUUACAUGGAAUAAAGUCACCCAUCUACGUCUGAGUAAUAAUUCAAUAAGUAAUAUUCAGGAUUACGUUUUUUUGCCAAACCUCAAAUCCCCGUGGUUGGACGGAAACCAAUUAACCGAAUUACUUGUCGGUUUAAUGAAUCUGAUCGACAUUUCUCCGGAAUUUAAACUUUACUUAUCUAGAAACGAUUUGACUUGUCACUGCCAUUCGCAAUUUACUAAGGUCUGGUUGCUUAGAAACAGACAGAAGAUUGCAGAUUUCCCCAAUAUUUACUGCAGAAGAAAUUCGUCUUUUCUGUCUUUCAUCGAUAUUGUUUCCAAUGAUGAAUGUGGAGAAAUUUCAAAAGAUAAAUUUGGUGUGAUUAUUGCUGUUUCCAUCGUUUAUUAUCGCAGAAGACGAAGUGACAAGAAAGAGCCAAAUACUCAUCAAGAGGAAAUGCCAUCACCUCGAGAACAGCAAAUAGAAGGAAAAACUCUACUUCUGAUGGCCAGCACAAAAUUAUCAUCACAUUUGCUACUUUGCCACCUCAAUCGUACAUUCGCAGUUCCAUUCAUUUUCGAGGUACCUAAGUGUUAUAUAUCAAAUAGACAUUCCUCUGUGGAAAUCUUCAAUAACUCGUUAUCUGUCACUUGCAGUGACAAACAAACCAUCGACAUUCGUUUGAUGCAUUGUUUAAACGCCAAAUACGUUAAACACUUAGCUUUUAUCGAUUGUUACUUGGCGAGAUUUGCCGUCGAAAGAUUCGCUUCGACUUAUGCCAUCGAGAAAAUAUUCAUAAAAUACAAGACUGAGACGUUGAGUUUCGAUAGUGCAUCAUUUAUAAAUAUGUCGUCUCUGAAAUAUUUAGAAAUUGAAGGAGUAAGAACUUUCGACGUAUUUAAUUUGAGUUUUCCCAGUGAUUCUUCUCUGAUUUCUUUGAAAAUCUCGAAAUAUAACUUUACGUCGUUUCUGCACAGACCGUUCCAACAAUUGAAGAAUCUUUCUGAAUUACAACUGAACUUUGGUAAAUUAAAGACUUUACCAGAAGAAUUGUUUCAUGGUCUUUAUAAUUUGAAAACACUCGACUUAAGUUAUAAUUUAAUUGAAUUCGUUCAUCCUUCAUUCUUUCAACAUUUCACUUUAUUGGAACAGUUGAAUUUGGAAGGAAACCCAAUAAAAAGUUUUCCUGAAAACUUGUUGAAAGGUCUUUCGACAUUAAGGAAUUUUUCUAUUUCUGGACAUUUCUCUGAAUUGCGCUCUGCAUUUUUAAAGGAACUCGACAAUCUGACAGAAUUUCGCGCUUCUUACUUUCCUUUACUUCAAAUCGAAGAAGAUUUCUUUUCCAAUUGCAUGAACUUAAGAAAGGUUGAUUUCUAUUCCAACGAUGUGCUGCAUCUUCCAUCCAAUCUGCUCAAAAAUUGUAAAAAUCUGGAAGUUUUUCAAUACAGUCGGAAUAAAUUAUCGACACUACCGAAUGGUAUUUUCGAUGGACCUUAUAAACUCAAAAAAAUUAAUUUUCACGAAAAUCGUCUAGAAAACAUUGCAGAAGAUACGUUCCAACGUUUGUCGAAUCUGGAAGAACUAGUUUUAUCAUCUAAUCGCUUGACAUUUUUACCUAAAAACAUCUUUCUUCCAACGAAGAACUUACGAAUUCUUUCUCUUUCUCAUAACAAUUUCAGUAAAAUUUCCUUCGACUUCAACAAUAAUCUCGAAGAACUGUAUUUGGGUGGAGCAGGUUUGACAGAAUGGCCGAAUUUAAAUUGGACAAACUACAAUUUGACUUAUAUUUAUGCUCCAUUCAACUAUUUCGAAAUUGUCAAAUUGCCGAUUUACACUCCGAACCGCAUGAAGAUCGAUUUGGAUUUUUGUCUCAUAAAAACCAUUUACAUCGAUGAAUGGAAGUACGGAUUCAACAAACCCAAUUACCAAUUAGGUCGAAACCCAAUAACUUGUAAUGGAGAACUUUUGCAUUUCGUCAGCACUGUUCAAUCGAAUUUAGAAAUUUCAUUACAAAUUUUUCCGGAUGUAAAAGACAUGAAAUGUCACGGAGAAGAAAGAAAAUUGCUGGAUUUUACGCAAUUCUUCUCCAUUAAAAGCCAUUGUCCACUAAACUGCGAAUGUUUCUCAGAAAACGACAACCUCAAAGUCGACUGUAAUGGAAAGGGAAUAAAGAAAUUACCCGAAUUUCUGAUCGAAAAUGCGACAAUCGUCGACUUGAGUAAUAAUUACAUAAGUGAUUUCUCGACUGUGGAUUCUCGAACGUGGAACAAAGUCACCCGUCUGCACCUGAGCAACAAUUCUCUUUUCCGUUUUUCGGAUUAUGUUCUUAUGCCAAACAUGAAAUUUCUUUGGUUGGACGGAAACCGAUUAACCGAAUUGCCUUCCGGAUUAAUGAAUCUGAUCGACGUCUCUGCUGAAUUCACGGUGUACUUAUCGAGAAACAAUUGGACUUGUGAUUGCCAUUCGCGAUUCACUAAAGACUGGUUGCUUCGAAACAAAUUGAAAAUUGCAGAUUUCUCCGAGGUUUUAUGCACGAAAAAUUCGUCUGUUUUCUCUUUUACCAGUAUUGUUUUUAAUAGUGAAUGCAUGCAAAUCUCGUGUUUUGACGAAGCUGGUUGUACUUUUGGAUGGAAAAUCGCAGUUACUGUUCUUACUUCGCUAACCUUGUUAGGUUUAAUCACAGUUGUUGUGUUUGUUUAUUGUCAUAAGAAAAGAAAUAUCGAGAAAGUGGCAGAGCCAAAGGAAGAAAAAGUGAUUUAUUACAAUGUUGACAACUGAACUUUUGUCAAUUCAAAUGCAUUGAGUUUGAACGCUUUAAUGAAUAAUUUUCCACAAAUUGCUGUUCUUCUGCAUUCGUUUUAGAGAAAUUAAUUUUGUAUACUUCAAAUAUGCUGCGCUUUGUUAGUAAAUUUUAAUUAUGAAUAAUGU